CCAGGACCAUUUUUUGCCCACAAUGAACUCCCUAUUAGCACAAGAUAUGAUGAGCGUCAAGGGCCGUGUCGCCCUCGUUACCGGGGGAAGCAGCGGGAUAGGACGAAUGAUCGCCCAGGGACUCGUCACCAACGGAGCCAAAGUCUACAUUGUCGCUCUAUCCAGCGACGCCAUUGACCAAACGGUAUCAGAACUCAACCAAGUAGGAUCCGAAUCAGGCGGAAGUGCAGAAGGCUACGCCUGCGACCUCUCUUCCAAAGGCUCCAUCGCCCAGCUUGCCCAAGAAAUCUCCGCGAAAGAGCCCAAGCUCGAUAUGCUCAUAUCCAACGCGGGAAUUCGACGCGACCCACCUAUCGCAUGCAACGUGCUCACCGCGACGCUAACGGAGCUACAAGAGUCGAUGUGGUCGAGCAGAGAGACAGAUUGGACGGAUACUUUCCGAAUCAACUCGACGGCCCAUUACUUCCUAAGCGUUGCGUUUCUUCCUCUGCUGGCUGCUGCGGCCGAUCAGCCGCUGAGUGGUGGUCAUCGGGGUCGGGAUGAUGGGAGAGGCGUGGUGGUUAUUACGAGCUCCUGUGCGAGUAUGCACAAUGCAACAAAUGUGGAUUUGACAAGUUAUACGACGAGCAAAGCGGCGACGGAUCAUCUGGUGAAGCUGUUGACGGCAAAGUUUCAGCGUUUCUAUGUGCGCGUGGUGGGCAUAAAUCCGGGUUGGGCCUCGUAG